GUUGCAAUGUGUAGAGGCACAUCAAACAAUAUUAUUACCCACGACGACUUCAACUCUGGUUUUUUUGAAGCGUCGCUGAAAAUUGGUGGAAACAGAGACAACUUUGUGGCCUCCCCACUCAGCGUGCUGGUUCUGUUGUCGGCUUUGUUGACAUCAAAGGGCGCAAGUGGUGAAACUGCAAGGGAGAUUUGUGAAGGCAUCAUUGGGAAAAAGGCGAAGCGAUCGUGUGACAAUUUGGACUACCCGGAAAUUGAGAAACUGUUGGAUAGAAUUCGUACUGGCGUCGAGAGGUCAAGAAGAGGAGGAGAGCCUCAAGUUUUGUCUAUCUCAAAUGCUGUCUUCAUGCAAGAAGGAUACAGGUUUUACCCUGGUUUCCAUACAAAUUUCGCCAAACUUAGAGGUGACAGAAUUGAGCAAACGGACUUCAAUACUUCGAAGGCGGUUGAAGCAAUAAACAGAUGGGUACGAUCUUCGACCGAUGGACUCAUUGAGAAAAUGUAUAACUCACCACAUGAACUCAGCAGAGAUACCCUGAUGGUCCUUUUGAACGCGAUAACCUUUAAAGACAACUGGGCCAAGACGUUUUUGAAAGAUAAAACAAGUGAUGGCGACUUCUUUCUGAGAAACGGCCAGCGUAUUAGAGUUCCCAUGAUGCGUCAGGAGGCUUUAAUGACUUACGUGAAACAGAAGAAGUACACGGUCGUUGCAAAACCGUUCAAGGAUGAACGGUUUAAGUUCGUUAUUUUCCUGCCAAAACACCGAUUCGACUUGAAGGAGAUAGAGGAUGAUUUGGAAGACGGGGAUUUCAAUUGGCAUUCGCUUCACAGUUAUCGAAACGAGGAGCAGGUUGAACUUAUUUUACCCAAAUUCAAUAUCAAGCACGAGAUUAAUCUGAAGCCUCUGCUUCACCUACUUGGCAUAAGACGGCUUUUCACGCGCGGUGCAGCCGAACUGACGGGUAUAAGUCCGGACUCGAAUCUCUAUGCUAGUGAUGCAAAACAGGUUGCCGUAAUGGAGGUGGAUGAGAAUGGCGUGAAAGCGGCUGCUGUGAGCAGCGUCUCAAUAAUGCCGAUGUCUAUGCCUCCACCGGCUAUUCCCUUCAAGGUCGAUCAGCCCUUCUACUGUGCCAUUUACGACACCUACUUGGGAAUGCCACUCUUUAUCGCUCGCGUCGUGGAUCCCCGUUAA